UUACCUAUACAAAAAUGAGCUCGGCUUUAAAAAUAUUAAAUGUAGCAAAAUGUGUUAAAACACUUUGCAGUAGUGUUUCAAACAAAUUUUUAUCAUCUUCAUUAUUAAACAGAAUGCAAAGCCAGCAACAACAAAAUGUUCUGACUGCCUUAAGUGCGUUAAAUACGCGGACAUUUCAUUCAACCAGUCCCCGACAGGAUUUAAUGGAAUUCUUUGAUGAUCCAAAGAACUGGUCAGAAAACGAAGUAAAAGUUGGGCGGGCUUGGAAGCUGGAAGAACUGCGUAUUAAAUCAAAUAAAGAGUUGCAUCAAUUGUGGUACAUUUUGUUGAAAGAGCGAAAUAUGCUUCUAACUAUGGAACACGAAUGCAAUGAUAAAAUGGAACUUUUUCCCAGUCCAGAACGCUUGGAUAAGGUUAAAAUAUCGAUGGGUAAUUUAGAAACAGUUGUUCGUGAAAGAAACAAAGCUUAUCAUCUUUUAGAAACCGGCAUAACUGGUGAGCGACCAACUCGUAUGGUGCAUAAUCCUCUUGGUUUAAGGCAUCUUUACAGAUCAUGCGAGCAUGUGCUACCACCACAUAUGAAUGUUAAGUGGAUUAAAUCCCGAGAUAUUGGUUUUGGUGGCCGAGCAGUUCGGAAGUUCUUAUUAUUAUAUCGUGAGAAACUCUACAAUAUUAAACGCAAGGCUAAGAACCGCUCCCGCAACGAAGUCAUGAUGCUGCUAAGACGGAAUCCGAACAUAGAUGUUCAAGUAUUGCGUAGUAAAUACCCGAAUGUAGACAUAGAUAAAUUAUUAAGAGAUGACAAGACGCGUGGACAUUUCGUGCCGAAAGUGGGCGUUUGAUUUAUUCUCAAUUGUAAUAAAUAUAAAGAUAUGAAUAUACAUGUAUUUAUUUAUUA